AUGUUCUGUGAGAAAGCUGAUUUGGUACUUGACUGGGGGUAUGUCUCCAACAGAUUGCCUUCUUUUCUUUUUAGGGCAAAUGCACCAAAAAUAAACUUUGGUGGCAGCACGGCAACUCAGGCUCCUGGAAUCACAGGGGGCUUUGGGCUGGGGAGCUCUGUACCAACCAGCACGCCCUCAAGCCAAGCGGCAGCUCCUUCUGGCUUCACGUUUGGCUCUACUGCCACCACCGCUCAGUCUGGGACAACCGGAGGGUUUACUUUUUCCAGUGGUACCACAGCACAGGCUGGAACAGCCACCUCCACCCUUGGCACUGCAGCUCCACAGGCAGCACCCACAGGGUUCACCUUUGGAACAGCAGCUGCUGCCACCACCGCGGCCACCUUAGGGGUGACAACGCAGUCAACGGCCCCCUUCAGCCUCGGGGGGCAGCCCACAGGUCUAACGUUUGGGUCAUUGACUUCAACAGCAGCCAUGAGUGCCCCCGCGGCAACGCCGACCACAAGUACCAACCAGAAACCUGCUCUGUCCUUUGGAACCAAAAUUGGAGUAACAUCCACAGCUGCUACAACUGCUGCUACCACCACAACCUCCAUUCUUGGCUCAACGGGGCCUACGUUGUUUGCGUCUAUAGUGAGUUCCUCAGCACCCACAUCAUCUACCACCACGGGCCUCUCACUUGGUGUCCCUUCCACUGGGACGGCCACUCUUGGGACGCCUGGGUUUGGGAUAAAAAUUCCUGGAACAACAGCUGCCACAACAAGCACUGCCACAAGCACUACUGCUGCUUCUGGCUUUGCCUUGAAUCUUAAGCCAUUAACUACAACUGGUGCCAUUGGAGCUGGGACUUCUACAGCUGCCAUAACCACCACAACAACCACCAGUGCACCUCCAGUGAUGACUUAUGCCCAGCUGGAGAGUUUGAUAAACAAGUGGAGUCUGGAACUGGAGGACCAAGAGAAGCAUUUCCUCCAUCAAGCGACACAAGUUAAUGCCUGGGAUCGGAUGCUAAUAGAGAAUGGGGAGAAGAUUACCUCCUUACACAGAGAAGUAGAGAAAGUGAAGCUUGAUCAGAAGAGACUGGAUCAGGAGCUGGACUUCAUCCUGUCACAGCAGAAAGAGCUGGAAGACUUGCUGACCCCUCUGGAGGAGUCUGUGAAGGAACAGAGCGGGACAAUCUACUUGCAGCACGCAGAUGAAGAACGGGAGAGGACCUAUAAACUGGCUGAAAACAUAGAUGCUCAGUUGAAGCGAAUGGCACAAGACCUGAAGGACAUCAUUGAGCACCUGAAUACAUCAGGAGGCCCAGCAGACACGAGUGACCCGCUUCAGCAGAUCUGUAAAAUUUUGAAUGCCCACAUGGAUUCGUUGCAGUGGAUUGACCAGAACUCAGCCGUGUUGCAGAGAAAGGUAGAAGAGGUGACAAAGGUCUGUGAGAGCCGACGCAAGGAGCAAGAGCGCAAUUUUCGGUUUGCAUUUGACUAAAAGACUCAAUGUUUAAAGGAUUAAUGCAACACCUCCUGAGAAAAUAGAGGUUGGUGGGGACCUAGGUACCCAAUCAUAGAAUCAUUGAGGUUGGAAGAGACCCUUGGGAUCAUCGAGUCCAACCAUCUCCCCUACUCUACAAAGUCCUCCCCUACACCAUAUCCCUCAGUACCGCAUCUAAAUGUCCCUUAAA